AUGGGGGAGAAGAAAAAAGAGGUGAUCAGAUUGGAGAGAGAAGCUGUGAUCCCAAUUCUAAAGCACAAGCUCAUCACUGCCUUGUCUCUUCACUUUGCGGAGAAAUGGGAGAGAGAGGAGUUCCUGAGAUUCUGCCAGAGAGUGGAAUACACCAUUAGAGCUUGGUACCACCUUCACUUUGAGGAUCUUAUGCAACUGUAUUCACUCUUUGAGCCCGUCCGUGGCGCGCACAGGCUUCAUCAACAGAAUUUAUCUCCUGAAGAAAUCGAUGCUCUUGAACAUCAAUUUCUUCUUCAUUUGUUCCAGGUCAUGGAGAAGAGCAACUUUAAAGUGAUAACUAAUGAAGAAAUACAAGUAGCUCUCUCUGCUCAGUAUCGUCUCAAUCUUCCUAUUGUAGUUAAUGAAGCUAAACUUGAUACAAGGUUGUUAACAAGAUUCUUCUCCAAGUUUCCCCGCGAUGAUCUUCCUCAUUUUGCUAACAAGUAUAUAAUAUUCAGACGUGGGUUUGGGAUUGAUCAUAUGAAAGCUUACUUCUUUCUAGCCAAAGUAAAUACAGUCCUUGUACGUAUUUGGAACUUUCUACUAACCAUUACAUGUUUAAAGAGACUUAUAUAUGGGAAGAAGAAGGAAACAGGGCUUUCACAACAAAUUGAUAUUAGCAUUGAAACAGAGAAGGAUAGUUUAUACAUCGAAAGAAUCCGCAUAGAGAAGCUGAAGCUCAGUCUCACCAACUUGAUGAAAAAGAUAACCAUCCAAGAGCCUACCUUUGAGAGAAUCAUUGUAGUAUACAGGAGAGUUUCAGGGAAGAAAGAAUCAGAAAGGAACAUAUAUGUGAAACACUUCAAAAGCAUUCCAAUGGCUGAUAUGGAAAUAGUACUUCCAGAGAAAAAAAAUCCAGGUCUUACGCCACUGGACUGGGUCAAGUUUCUUGUAUCUGCUGCCAUUGGACUGGUCACAGUGGUAAGUUCAGUGAGCCUAAAAAAUACCGACAUCAGAGUCAUCGCUGCCAUACUUAGCACGGUUGUGGCCUACUGUGUUAAAACAUUUUUCACGUUUCAGAGGAACUUGGUAGAUUAUCAGAGCCUUAUCACAAGAUCUGUGUAUGAUAAGCAGCUAGACAGUGGAAGAGGCACUCUGCUUCACCUGUGCGAUGAAGUUAUCCAACAAGAGGUUAAAGAGGUCAUCAUUUCCUUCUUCAUGCUGAUAAAGCAAGGGCGUCCCACGAGCAAGGAAGAGCUUGACAAGCAAAGUGAAGCCUUCAUCAAAGAAGAAUUCAACGAAAGUUGCAAUUUUGAUGUGGAUGAUGCUGUCACGAAGCUUGAGAAGCUUGGACUUGUCUCUCGUGAUUCAGAAGACAAGUAUAGAUGCGUGAAUAUGAAGGAAGCAAACGAGAUAAUGGGGACAACGACGGAAGAGAUGGUACUCAAGGCAAGAAAUGGUGGUGCAUACGAAGACGAAGAUGCAGCAGAGAUUGAGCCUCAAAUGAAUCCUCACGAUGAGCUCACAGCAAAGGAAGAACGUUUCCAAUCUCGAUUUGACGAGUUCGAGACCUUGUGGAUGUAA